CAGAAAAAAAAGACGAUCAAAGAAAACACAUUAAACAUACAGCAGAAGGAAAGGAAAUACAACACACAAUAAAGAAAACGCCAAGCAGAAGAAGAAGAAACAGAAGAAGUAAGACCCCAAAGAAGAUAGUAAAGAUUAAGAAGUAAAGAGAAUACCAGAAAAUAAAGACGGUCAAAGAGAACACAUAAGGAAAUACAACAUACAAAAAGAAAACGCCAAGCAGAAGAAGGAAAGACCCCGAAGAAGAUGUCAGCCUUCCCCGUGGCGGUUGUUCGGGCCCUGGCGGCGUGGCGGAAGAAGGGGCGGACGCAGAGAGAGCGGCUGCCGUCCUCUUGCAGGGAUGAUGACGCGGCCACACCUGUGCUGCCCCGCUACCUGCAAGACCUCCUGGGCAGCAAGGUGUCGGAGGGGGAGGGGGGAGGGACCACCAAGAGGCCCUCCACCACAGACUCGAACAAGGACGUCUGUUUCAUGGUCGAGAGUCCUUACAGGGUGUUCAAGAUCGCAGCCAAGGGUGACAUAGACCAGCUUCGUAGGAUGUGCACGGAGGAUCCCAGUAAGCUGACCCUGAAGGACCGGCGCGGGUGGACGGUUGGGCAUCACGCGGCCGCCAACAACCAGGCUCAGGCCCUCGUAUACCUCAGCAACCAGGGCACGGACCUUGAGGCGCGGGAUGACCAAGGCUGCACUCCCCUUCACCUGGCUGUCCUCAGAGAUGCCAUGGAUGCUGUGGACACGCUGAUAGACUGUGGAAUGGACACCAGUAUUACCAACCUGGAGGGCGAUGCAGCAAUCCACGUGGCGGUCAACAGCAACAAGGCAGCAAUGGUGGACAAGUUGGCCCAGCGACACCAACGCGUGGACAUAUACCAGAAGGACGCCCGGGGCCGCACGCCUCUCCACCUGUCCGCGAGAUACGACUACGUCCACUGCGCUAAGGCCCUGCUCGACAGUGAGGGGUUUACAAGAUGCCCCAACGAGCCUUGCAACUACGGCUACCACCCCAUUCACGUGGCCGCCCGCAACGCCUCCAUAGGGGUGCUGGAGGCCCUGCUCAAGUUUGCCGAGAGCCGAGGGUGUGUGAGGGAGAGGAUGAUCACCAUACCUGACCUCGAGGGGAAUGUACCGCUCCACCUGGCUGUCCAUGGUGGGGAGAUUAAGGCGGUGGAGCUGUGUCUGCGGAACGGGGCGCUCAUCUCCACACAGCAGCACGACUAUUCCACCCCGGUCCACCUCGCCUGCUCCCAAGGGUCGAAUGACAUCGUUGAGCUUAUGUUCUCCUUGCAGCCCCAGGAGAAGAUGAAGGCGCUAGCAACCCAGGACGCACAGGGCAUGAGUCCCCUCCACUGUGCCGCAAUGUUCGACCAUCCCCUCCUGGUCACCUACCUGAUCAACGAGGGUGCGAGCGUGGACCUGGUGGACAAGGAACACAGGUCACCUCUCCUCCUGGCGGCCUCUCACAGUGGUUGGCGAAGCGUGGAUGUCCUGCUCUCCAAGGGGGCGGACCCAGCCAUCAGGGACUCGAAGAACAAGAAUCUCCUGCAUGUGGUGGUCAUGGCUGGCGGCUCCCUGAGUGACCUGCUAUCCUUGAACCAUGCGAAGGAGUCCUGGUGGAAAUCCAGGAUCGCAGUUAUGUUGAACGAGCAGGACUCCCUCGGAUGGUCGCCUCUCCACCAUGCCUCCAGGAACGGCCAAAUCAGCUCCCUCACCUCCCUCCUGCAACUCGGGGCAUCUGUCAGGACCAAGGACAACAGAAACGAAAGCCCACUACACUUCGCCGCCAAGUACGGACGCUACAACACGGUACGCCAGCUAGUGGAGUCCUGCAAAGGUUUUCUUAUCCUCAAUGAAUGCAAUGACGAAGGCAAGACGGCACUUCACAUCGCCAGUGAGGAAGGUCACACCCGCGUGGUACAGCUGCUCCUGGGGAAGGGUGCGCUGCUUCACCGAGACCACCAGGGCCGUACCCCGCUCCACCUGGCCUCAGCGGGGGGCCACCAAACGACAGUCACGGCCAUACUCACCGUCCACGCACAUACGCUGGACCAGACGGACAAGGAAGGGAACACUCCGCUUCACUCCGCUGUCCGCGCCAACAAGCCCGAGGUGGUCAGUCAGCUGAUGACGCUAAAUUGCAAGAUGUUAGAGAACAACAACAAAUGCAAACCUAUCGACAUCGCCCUCCAGUACAAGCUGUUUGAGGCGUCGCUGGCCCUCGUCACACAUCCUCGGGGGCCCGACGAGGUGCUGGCCACGUCAAGCAACCUCAAUGGCUGUGUGUGCAUGGCGCUCAUCCGCACGCUGCCCCGGGUGUUUGAGGCCGUGCUGGACCAGGCUAUCGUGAGAGCCAACGUUAAGGAGACAUCCAAGGACUUCUUCGUCAAGUACUCGUUCUAUCCGCUCCAACUGAAUGAAGAACAGCUGGAGGGUGAGCGGAUCAAGAAGAAAGACCCAAAAUUCCGCCCCCUCCCCUUGUAUGCCUGUAAUGCUAUGGUGGAGAGCGGGCGAGUGGACCUUCUGAUGCAUCCACUCACCCAAACGUUCCUGGAGAUGAAGUGGCAGGCGUAUGGGAAGUACAUCCACCUCUCCUUCCUCUUCAUCUACCUCGUGUUCCUGUUCCUCGUCACCUUCUUCGCUUUGGGGUACCUCGGACACAGCAGCAUGUUCAGCGUCCCUGCCAACACCACUAGCAACUCGACACUGCCUCCCACGUCUUUAACCCCGGAGUUUGAGUACGAGGCACAGGCUACGGGUUGGAUCUACUGUUCCGCUGUGGCCAUCCUUGUGUUUGCUGUCCUCAACAUCCUGAAGGAGUUGGUGCAGCUCUACCAUCAUAAGUUUAAGUACCUAGCGGAGGGCAUCAACGUGGUGGAGUGGACCAUGUACCUCACCUCAGUCUGCAUGGUGCUGCCCGUCAUCCUGGGAACAAAGUGGACGUCCCAUCAGUUCAACUCGGCUGCCCUCGCUGUCUUCACCGCCUGGUUCACGCUGCUGCUAUACUUCCAGAGGUUUGAUCGCAUCGGCAUCUAUAUCGUCAUGUUUCUGGAGAUCCUCAACACCCUCAUCAAGGUCCUGCUCGUGUUCUCCGUCCUCAUCAUCGCCUUCGGACUCGCCUUCUAUAUCCUCAUGUACCCCGGCGGUCAUCUGUCCUUCACCACGCUCCCCAUGUCGGUGAUGCACACGUUUUCUAUGAUGCUUGGAGAGGUGGACUUCCUUAAUAUCUUCGUGUACCCGUUCUUCGGCCAGAGCACCAGAGGGGACCUUUUACUCUUCCCUGUGACCACCUUCGCGCUUCUUCUUGUCUUCAUGAUCCUGAUGCCCAUCCUCCUCAUGAACCUCCUCAUCGGUCUGGCGGUCGGUGACAUUGAGAGUGUGAAGAAGAACGCCCAGCUCAAGAGGAUCGCAAUGCAGGUUGAGAUGCACACGGAGCUGGAGAACAAGUUGCCGGAGGUGCUGAUUAGGCGGGUCAACAAAACGGAGGUCCUCGUCUACCCAAACUCCAUCGGCGGCCCCAAGUUCUUCCAUCGGGUCCUCAGCGCUCUCAACUUCGCCUGCCCCAUGAAUGACCGCCGAGGCCUGGAGUGUGAGGCGCAGGAGUGCAUGAGUGCGGAGGAAUACCUGUGGGAGGAAAUGGAACAGCAAGGGAAGCAACUGAAGAAUAUGUCAUCAGUACUCGACCAACAGACUAAACUCCUUCGUCUAAUCAUGCAGAAAAUGGAAAUACGGAGUGAGGCGGAUGAGUGUGACGAGGGUGUGUCCUUGGAGGAGAUCAUCCGGGCGCCGACCUCCAUCUCCAGGCGGUUUCAUCCAUCAUCCGCCAUUGCCAGGAGACCCCCAGCACCCAAAAAGGAUCUGUGAGGAGAGAAAAACUAAACUGUGAUGCUAAAUGGAGUUACGUAUUGUUAAAGAGGUUCUGGGUCUGUUUAAGAGGAUCAGGAAUUACGAAAAGGAGUUCUGAGUUAUCAAGAAGAGUUUGAAGUCGCACAGACCCCAAAAAGGACCUGUUAGAGAGAGAGAGUGCGAGAGAGAGAGAGAGAGACCAAGCACACUGUUGCCAAAAGGAAUCACAUGUUGUUAAAGAGAUUCUGAGUCGGUUUAAGAGGAUCAGGAGUUAUCUAAAGGAGUUCUGAGUUACCAAGAGGAGUUUGAAGUCACGAAGAAGAGUUUAAGAAGUUACAAGAGCAUUCAGGUCACCAAGAAUCACCAAGCCAGGUCUUCAGUAGCCCAGGAAGUCGCAAGUCACCAGGAGGAAAAAUAAGAGGAUCAAAAGUUAUCUAAAGGAGUUCUGAGUUACCAAGAGGAGUUUGAAGUCACGAAGAAGAGUUUAAGAAGUUACAAGAGCAUUCAGGUCACCAAGAAUCACCAAGUCAGGUCUUCAGUAGCCCAAGAAGUCGCAAGUCACCAGGAGGAAAAAUAAGAGGAUCAGAAGUUAUCUAAAGGAGUUCUGAGUUACCAAGAGGAGUUUGAAGUCACGAAGAAGAGUUUAAGAAGUUACAAGAGCAUUCAAGUUACUAAUCACUAACUCAGGUCUUCAGUCACCCAGGAAGUCGCAAGUCACCAGGAAGAAGUGAAGUGAGUGUGCUAAUCGCUCUGUUAACUCUAUUAACACCAUACUAACCUCACCUGUUGUGUAUUAUAGGGCUGUCAUUACUACCAUUAUGCAUGUCAUUGUAGAAACUGAUUAAUGAUAGUCUCACCUGAUCUCACCGCUGCAGAAACUGAUACUAGUCUCAUCUCAUUUACUGUAGAAACUGUCUAGUCUAACCUGAUCUCAUUUACUGUAGAAGCUGAUACUAGUCUCCUCUUGUCUCAUUUAUUGUGGGAGAUCAUGUAUUGGUAGUCUAACCUGAUCUCACUGCUGCAGAAACUGAUACUAGUCUCAUCUCAUUUACUGUAGAAGCUGAUACUAGUCUCCACUUGUCUCAUAUAUUGUGGGAGCUCAUGUAUUCCUAGUCUAACCUGAUCUCAUUUACUGUAGAAACUGAUACUAGUCUCCACUUGUCUCAUAUAUUGUGGGAGCUCAUGUAUUGCUAGUCUAACCUGAUCUCAUUUACUGUAGAAACUGAUACUAGUCUAAUCAAAUCUCGCUCUCUGUAGGAUCCAUUAACCUGGCACCAGCGACGGGCCAAAUUUGUGCCAUGAUUUAACCCCCCGAAAAUAGGUGAUACAUAAACUGAUCACAAAUGCGUUGAUAUAUAUUAUGAAAUGGUUUGUGUGAGUGAUGAUUUUUUCUCAUUUUUCUCGCUUAGAGGGACCUUUAAGAAACAUGGUCCCCGCUGCUACCGGGUUAAGUUGUGUUCCUGAAUUUCUUUGCAACGUGUUUGAUAUUCUAAUCCUGAAGAAUGGGCUGGGCUGAUAUUCUUUUUUUGUCAAUUUUUAUAGGUUACUUGUUAUUUUAGUUAGCGAUAAAAGCAUUAUACUAAACUCAGUAAGACUGCUGAAGAAACUGAUACUAUUCUAAUUAAAUCUCAUUCUCUGUAGGAUUCAUUAAGUCUUGUUACUGAAUUUAUUAGCGACGUGUUUGAUAUUCUAACCCAUCUAUUAUGCGGUAUAACUUUAUGAUGCUAUGUUCCUAAGGUCGGCAGUGACUAUAUAUAGACCAUUCAUUUUUAGGGAGCUACUCUUUAGAUACUGACGUCAUCUAAGGGGAAAACUACCCCUUGAGAGAAGUGAAAAAUCUAGACCUCUCGAUGACGUAUCCAAAUAAGAGUUCGAUCAUUUAUGUUUUGAAAUUCAGGAAACUCAGAUAAUGGAACAAGCAGUCAGGCAUUGUCUCUAUUGCACCCUCAUGAUAUUCUAGUCAUUGUAGUAUCUAUGUAAAUGUGUCAUCAUAGUAGUAUUAAUGGGUAAUGUGUCCAAAUUGUAGACACCUCGUAAAUGUUUGUAAUAGGAGAGAGAGAAAUUAAACUGUGAUGCCAAAUGGAGUUACGUAUUGGUAAAGAGAUUCUGAGUCUGUUUAAGAGGAUCAGGAGUUACGAAAAGGAGUUCUGAGUUACCAAGAGGAGUUUGAAGACCCCCAGACCCACAGACCCCAAAAUAUAUAUGAAACUUGUAGUGUCACCCCAGCAUAGUAGUAUUUAUUGUUGAUAUAGUAGUGAUAUAGUAGUUGAUAUAGUAGUGAUAUGUAUCGUAAUGGUCAAUUGUGUACUAUUUCUUUUCCCUGAGAGACUAGACUGACCCAUGAUACUGGUCUCUAGUUGAUAUAGUAGUGAUAUGUAUCGUAAUAGUCAAUUGUGUACUAUUUCUUUUCCUUGAGAGACUAAACUAACCCAUGAUACUGGUCUCUAGUUGAUAUAGUAGUGAUAUGUAUCGUAAUGGUCAAUUGUGUACUAUUUCUUUUCCUUGAGAGACUAGACUGACCCAUGAUACUGGUCUCUAGUUGAUAUAGUAGUGAUAUGUAUUGUAAUGGUCUAUCGUAAUGGUCAAUUGUGUACUAUUUAUUUUCCUUGAGAGACUAGACUGACCCAUGAUACUGGUCUCUAGUUGAUACAAUUGAAUGGAGUUUGGUAUUUACAGUCACAAAUAAGGAAAUACCAGAUUGCCGUUAGUUUGUAAGUCGUGAAUCUAUAGAAAACAUAAAUUUAGUACAUAGUAAAUGAAGCCUUCUAGUGUCUUUAAUAGUCAGAGAGUAGAUAACAUUACCAAAUUUUAAUGAUAUGGACAAUAAUAAUAUUUUCUACCUAACUGGAAGUGUUUCUAGGAGUGAUAAUGAUAGUGUUUGUUUGUUUGUUUGUUUUUUACGCCGCCGCCUAUUGCGCCGUUAGGCCUUAUCACUGGUGGGGCCUGAUGGUCGGCCCACCCCGUUGUGGCGCAGGCGAGUGUUCAUAGUGGCGCCAUCUUGUUUUGGCUCGUACUGGCCCCCGGAACUCAUCUUUGAGCCUCUUUUUGGAGAGGUUAUCUAGAGUCCGGGUUGAUAGGUGGUCUUCAGGGCAGCAUGUGGGUAGUCUUAGGCCUAUCGGCAGUGACUGAAAAAUCCCAGCUGUGUGGCGGCCAGGAUUCGAACCCGCGUUUCUCCUGGAUAUCCCGGACGUUUGAAAGAGAUGUGAGGCCAGUUUUCUGAAUAAGCGCAUAAGAGAAAAAUAUUAAUCCAUACAUAAUAUAUUUCUAAGUGUAGUAUUCCACGAACAUAAAACCAUUAUCGAUAGCCUUAAUUAAGUCACCAUAUAAGUCACUGUUCUACGCCUUCACCAAUGUGCCAUAAAACUACAAUGUAACCACCAUAUUUAUCUCAUUAUGAUCGCGCCAGACAGUAAUCCAAGUCGUGGGGAACUAUUCACUAACCCGAUAGCAGCGACGGGACAAAUUCCUCCCAUGAUAUAAACCCCCAAAAAUAGAUGACGCAUAAACUGAUCACAAAUACGUUGAUAUAUAUUAUAAAAUGGUUUGCGUGAGAGAUAUUUUUUUCUCAUCAAUUCGCUUAGAGGGGCCUUUAAGAAACAUGAUCCCCGCAGCUACCGGGUUAAGACAUCAAUUUACAACGUGUUAAGUCAGUAUAUAAGCCAACAUGUCAAGUCCAUAUAUAAGUAACCUCCUGAUUAAGCCAUCGUUUAGUGCUCUGUUCAACGUUGCCAGAUGGUCGUGCUUAGGCUUUCAUAUUUGCCGAUUUCCAACCCUCAAACCGUCUCUUCCACCCCUUUAACUAGUUUUUAAUAGAGUUAUCGUUAAAAUGGUUAAUUAUUUGUGUUUCUUGGCAAUAGUUAUGGGUCAGAAACCGGUAAAAUCGAUGCUCAGAGUACGAUUAUCUGGCAACGUUGGCUCUGUUCAUCCACGUAAGUCAUGAUCAGAAAUAUAUAUAAGUUGAACAAAAAAUACCAAAGCACUUAUCUAUCUAAUUGUUAAGUAAGAAUAAGUUUGAUAUAGCUAGUCGUCUUUUCCGUUUGCAUAUGUGAUACUUAAGUUUGUCUUUAAAAAAAAUAAUA